GCGCUAUAAUCGGUGAUGCAGUCAAUGCUAAAAACACGUAAAUAUGUGACAUUUGAUUGCUUCGCCUGGACACUGAUCAAUAAGAGCGCAGAAAACUCCCCGGCGGCCAUCUUAGUUGUCCCAGCGGCUAUCGUCACAACAAGGCCCCACCAGGAAGUGUCCGAUCUAAGUGUUGUACGUCUAGGGUCAACUCUCUCAGUCAAACUACCUUCAAAGAGCGGGUUAGAGGGACGUCAGUGUAAGGAGUGCCUGCUACGACCGCCCCAGUGUAUCAAGAUGGACUCGGAUAUUUUGAACAUUGAGGACAUAGUGAUGGGAAGGGGCUUGCCUGACCCUCCUCCUGAAGCUCCCCCCGAAAAGCCAGUGGAACCGUACAAACCCAAAGCUUUGAAUGGACCCCCAAUACCGCCCGUUCAGUCCUACCAGCAUGAGAACCUGCAGUGUUUCCAGUGCUUCAUCACGUUCUGCAGUGCCAAAGCCAAGGAGAGGCACAUGAAAAAGAGCCACCGGGAAGAGUAUAAGCAACAGCUUCAGCAGGGAAACACAUUGUUUACAUGCUACGUUUGUGACCGCACAUUUCUGUCAUCUGAGGAACUGACACAGCACCAGCCAACACACAGCAAGGAUGACAAGCCCUUCAAAUGUGUUCACUGCAAGGAGAGCUUUAAAACCUUCUCUGAACUCACAUCCCAUAGAAGACAGGUGUGUCCGGAAAAACAAAUGGUUUGCAAAGAUUGCAACGAAACCUUCCGCAGUGCUGGGCUGCUGCGCGCUCACCGCCUUAGCCAGCACCCACGUCCAGACGUAGAGGCCGGAGAACAGCCGGAGGACACCACCACAAAAACCCAUCGCUGUAAGAAGUGCGGUCAGGGAUUCGAAGCGGAAUCAGAUCUGCUGGCGCACCAGGAGAAGUACCCCGAAGGUCAACAAUGCAAUGGCAGCACUUCGUCCGUCAAGAAGCGCGGACGGCCUUCCAAAGUGGAAGAGCCGGCGGUCGCUGAGAAAAAGGGAAAGCGGAAAAAGAAGGACGAGGCAGAGGCGUCCGAGGAGGCAGCGAAGGCCAGCAGCGCGUCGGAGUCGGCAGCAGUCCCAGCGGAAGAAAAGGGAAAAGCGGGCGUAGCGAAGCGCGGGCGUCCCUCUAAAGUGGCGCCAAAACCAGAAACGGAAGAUAAAAAAAGUCCGGAGGACGACAGUCAAGGGGCGAAAGAGGCAAAAGAGAAGAAACCCAAAGCAGAUCCCGCUCCAGCCCGUCAGCACCCCUGUCCAGAAUGUGACCUCGCAUUCUCCAACUUGAUUCAGCUCCGCGCUCACAAGAAGGAGAAACACACUCCGCGGAAAGCCCAUCCCUGUGAAGAAUGUGAAGAGAGCUUUGCCCGUCCCGAGCAGCUGGACGCCCACAUGUCGCGGGCUCACGCCGUCGGCCGCUUCGCCUGUCCCACCUGCGGGAAGAGCUUCGGCCGUGAGCGCACCCUGACUGCUCACCAGAAAAGCCACGCGGAGGAAAAGCCUGAAAACCCAAGUGCAAAGAGAUAAUUGAGACAUAGGGAAGUUUUUGCAGAUUUUAGUAACGAAUUGUCCUUUUUUUAACUUUGGAAAUGUCAUACUCCAGAUGAAUUUGGUAUGAUUUUGAGGAAGACGUUUUAACAAGUUUUGGAUUUAAAGUUCAGUUUGAUUAUGAGCUGUUGAAAAUUUGGACAAACAGACGCAUCUCCUAAAUUAACUAACCAAAUGUUAAAUCCAUCUAUUACACUAUUUGUCACAGUAUAUAGUUUAUUUGUAAAAACAGAUACUGUUUUGAUUAACUUUUUAAUGAUUUCUUUUCUUUUUCUUUUUUUUAGCGUGAAAUGCGUGUGAAUUUAUUAUUUGGUGUCUUGAGGUGUUCAACUCAUUUUGUGGUUUAAAAGAUGUUUUUUAUGUUUCUUUCCCCCUGUUGUUUUUUUCAAAACCGAUUGGGUAAGUACAUAUUUUGAAGUAAAUUAGAUGCCUAGUAGAAAUACUUUGUUGGAAUGUGUAGACAGUCUGUCAAAAGAAAUGUGUUCUGUACAGCUUCUGGUUCAUAUUGUGCAUUUUUACACUGAAUAUGUUGAUUGUUACUUUCUAAAUUAAAUCUCAUUGCAGAUGAAUUUUAAAAUAACCUCAUUAUGUUCUGCUAAAGAUUCACUUUGGCUAAGUGCUCCACAUACAAUGUGGAGUCGUCGGCAUGUGGGCAGACAAGAUCCACUAUAAUCAUGAUUUGUCUUAUGCUAAAAUGUACUCCUUUAUUUUUUCACUCAUUAAAACAAUAUUUCAUGUCUUAGGCAUUUCUUAAAUGGGACUCGUGGCUCUUUAAUGUCUUAGAGUCCCUUAAGGAACUGUGUAUAUCGUGUUAGUCUCUGAUUGGAUUGUUUUCUCUACCCGCUGCAGUGUGUCUGGACACUUCAAAAAAAUGUAAUAAAACAUGCUAUCCCGAGGGAGGCUGCUGAAGAAACAA